AGGUGGUGAACCUGUUAUUUGAGUGCCGUCUGCGAGUAUUCUGGGUGCCACUAUGUACUAGGGAACGUUUCUAUUCAGGAUCGUUCAUACCAGCGCAUCCCGUCAUUUUCUCAAGACCACAGCGUCGACUUGGACAAGACGCUAUGGAGGAACACAAGUCCGUGGAGGAAAUGGAUUGUGAUGUUUCCGUCGCGCGAGCUGUGGAAUUGUUGAAUUCGAGGAAAUACAGCGAAGCAAACUCGUAUAUCUGCGAGGCCCCUUCUGACACCAUCCUUGCUCAUGGGUGGGAUCUUGUUUUACCUGUUGUGUCUGCAAUGGAAAAAGAAAUAUACGCUAAAUCGGAGGAGAACGUCUCUCUUUGCAAAGACCUGCUUGAAGUUAUAACGUCUCGUGGCAAGCCGAAGGAAGUUCUCGUCUCUUUACUAGAACACUUGCAGUUGAUUAAAUCCAGCGACGGAUUCCGUGCCGUGCUUCGGUGCUUUCAGAAAUUGCUGCCAAAUCUAUCGCGGAACAGGCUGGUAUUCUUGGAUUUGAUUUUAGAGUCGCUGCACAGCCACCUGAAACCGCUCUCAGCUUCUGUAGCCAAAAGUUCUGGGGAGGAGGCAGCUGGUGAUUGCAGCAUGGAAUCGCAAGAGAGCCGAAAUCUCGGUUAUUGCUUGAAUGCCGUUGUAGAAUUCUUCUCUGGCGUUACACUUGAUCACCGCCUUCGGGAGGAACACGGAAUGGCCGAUUGCCCUCUUCCAGAAAACGACCUGAUUUUGCGAUACCUGAUGCUGUUUCUCGGUGACAUUGCUCCAUUGGAUCUUCGAAGUUGUGCGAAUGUGUCGGCUCCGAAUGUCGCUCGGCUUUCAGCUGAAGGCCUUUUAAGCCAUAUCAGCAAACGUUCGACCGAUUUGAUAAAACUCUGUUUCUCAGGAGACACGACACAACAAUACAAAGGAAAGUCAAGUGACACAGAAGACGCCGAGAGAGAUUUCCCAGAGCCCAUGUCGCCCAUUUGUCGCGCUGUGUUAGCCUGGUUGAUAUUUGUAGAAAAUCUUGAGCAAGACCAUGUUCCAUGUGUUUAUGCAAGUCGCUAUAUAUUUGAGCACAGCCUGCAAAACAUGAUGGUAUUGUUGUCACACAGUUCAGGGCAUGCUGUCUCUAAGGGAGUUGCACUGUGUGCAACUCUGGUAUCCCGUCUCAGCCUGGGAGAGUUCUGUUGCAUGGACUUGGACAACAGCAACCUGAUUGCACUAUUGCGCUGCUUGGGCAAAGUAAUGAUCUACAGCUCGUCAAGUGUGGCUAGAAGAACUGCUUUGAGCACCUUGGUUGACUACAUCAAGUGCUUCAAGCAUGAGGCUAGGUACAUCCUCUACUGUCGAAUUCUGCAAGUGGAAAAGCAUGCUGGAUUGCGCGGUCUUCUGAUAGACCUUUACCGCCAGGACAUGCAUGCUGUUUCUAAAACAAGCAUUCAAGAGGACACUUUCUGGGGAACAAAUUUUCUAGAAUUUGUUAAAAUUGUAUCCAACUUCUCACAGGACCAAACGGACAUUCUUGAUGACAGCGACUGUGUCUUAGCAGUGCUUAACCUAAUACGGUACUUUGCUUCUGUGUUGCCAUUUCAAGGUCAGACAUGUCAAAAGGCAAACCAGUCCACAUGUGAAAUUGCAAGAAAGUAUACAGAGCAAGUGAAAAAAUCUGUGGAUCAGACGAGAGCCCACUACAAAGUUGAAUUGGAACAUAACAAAGAAAAAGCAAGAGGUUGUGAUGUGCAAUCUAAAGACAGUUUGUUCCCAAGCUUACCUCCAGAACAAGAAGCUGAAGUUCUUAAAACUGCACUGACUAGGCUAGACCUUGUAGAAAGUGUGUUAGUUCUUGCAGUAGACAGUGUCAAUCAUUGUGCUAAAGAAGUAAUGCAGUAAAUCCUUUUUACGUGCAACUGUUGUCCUUUAACAUGACUGUUUAGCCAUGACGAAAACACAUUUUGUGGUGCCUGCUUGGUUUUGCUGUUGAUGUAGUCUUUAAUAUUGGUUUUGCAAGAAUUUUUGUGAGAAGCAGAUGAAAAUGAAAAUC